UAUGAAUGUGUUUAAAUUUGGGAGUGGCUCAGGCGAGACACCUCAUCUGAGCAGACAGCUUUUGCCAGUCGACUGGGAACUAGCAUGUACUGAAGUUGUCUGCGUGAGAAAUAUAACCCGGUGCCAACCAAAAAAACUCAGUAUUGACACAAGACAACACAUGAACGCAACUUUGUAGACCUUAAACUCUUGAGGAUGGGUGAACACUACAGAGAAAGCUACUAUGGAUCCUCGUCUUCAGACCUGAGAUUGCUUCUUUUGGGGAAUAUCGGAUGUGGAAAGACAGCAUUAGCGGACACUAUCCUGGCCCAGCUUUCCCCCAUUUCUCCCGGUGCCUCCAGGAGCUGCCAGCUACGGCAGGGCUUCAUUGAAGGCAGGAAUGUGACCCUGGUGGAGGCACCGAGAUGGUACUGGAGUGGUGGCAAGAUGGAGGACGGUGUCAAAAAGGAGACACAGCGAGCAAUGACUCUGGUACCACCAGGCUCACAUGCUAUUUUGCUGCUGGUGCCUGUUAACCAAUUCACAGAGGUGGAGACACGUGUGCCUGCAGAGUUGGAGGAAUUGUUUGGACAGGAGGUGCUGGACCACACCAUGGUCAUACUGACCUGUGGGGACUACUUGAUGGGAAAAACAGUGGAGGAGUACCUGCAGAAAGAGCACCCAGGCCUGAGGCAGGUAAUUGAGGGUUGCGGAGGACGGUACCAUGUCAUCAAUAAUCGUCAGCGACAGGACAGGGACCAGGUCCGUGAGCUGCUGGAAAAGGUGGACAAUAUGGCGCGGAAAAACGGGUUAUACUACAUGAAAACAGUCCAGGAUAGAGAGCUGGAAAAACGGGUGAAAGAAAAAAAGGAGCAACUUAUGGAAAGUUUCAGGGUUCAAAAGGAAGAGAAGAAAAAGACCCACACAUCAUCUUAUACCCCAAACACAGAAAGUCAAGAGGAAGAGUACUUCAAUGCCAUUUCAAGAGAGAGAAGGAGGAGGCAGGAAGAAAAGGAGGGAAUGGUGGAAGGAGUUAAGGUGAGCCAGGUGUCCAAUGAGUAUGUCAGUGCCAUAUCAACAGAAUCAAGGAGGAGAAGAGAAGAAAUGGAGGAAAUGGUGGAAGGAGUUAAGGUGAGCCAGGUCUCCAGUAGCCUUUAUUCAACUCCAGCUCUAGAGCGACAGCCAUCCUCCGAGCUCUGUGAUACCGGGGAGUUAAAAAGGAUACCCAGUUUCAAACUGAAUCGAGAUGGAGCUAUACUCUCCCAAAUGUCAGAGGAUAAAUCAACUCAAAAAGUGAUCUCUACUUUUCACCACAGAAUUAACAGCUUUGAAGAGAGAUCACCCGAGGUUUCGCCUACCACUACUCCUCUUUCGCCAGUCUUCUCCUCUUCCUUCCCCUCCUCACCAACUUUUGCUGCCUCUCCUUCCUUGAUCUCCUCAUCCAGCUCAACCCCUUCUUCCCCCUCAUUGUCCUCAUCCUCAUCUUCUCCGGAGCUUCGUCUGGUGUUGCUUGGAAGAUCUGGAUCAGGGAAGAGUGCAGCUGGCAAUGAAAUACUGGGGCAGGAAGCCUUUGAGUCACGUCCAGACAGCCUCAUAGCAAUCACACAAUGGUGUGAGAAAAAGAAGGCAUUGGUUAAAGGAAGAAGGGUGGCAGUGGUGGAUACUCCAGACUGGUUCAAUUCAGAGCGCACUCCAGAUGAGGUGCGAGCUCAGAUCUCCUCCUGUGUGGCUCUGUCCAGUCCCGGCCCGCAUGUCUUCCUCUUUUGUGUUCCCUUAGACCAGCCUGCAAAGACCGAGCUGCAGGCUCUUGCGUCACUAGAGGCUGUUUUUGGGCCUGAAGCAGUCUGGAGACACACUUUGGUCCUCUUUACUUAUGCUGAUCGUCUCAGGGCAAGUGGGAAGGCCAAAAAUAAGAACAUUGAGGCAUACAUUGCUGGUCAGCGAGGAGAUUUGUUAAAGAUUGUGGAGAAAUGUGGGGACAGAUUUCAUGUUUUGGAGACAGAAAGAGGUGGGGAAGAGAAGAGCAAUGUUGCCGACCUGCUAGAAAAGGUGGAGCAGACAGUGAAGGAGGCCGGGGGGCAGUAUUAUUCUUGUCCUGCUUUUCAGGAGGCCGAGAACAGAGUGAGGCAGAAACAGCAAGAGAUGGCAAGAGAGAAACGAGGUGAAAACCUAGCAAGAGUAGAGGAUGUUGGCCCGCUCAGCUCUGAAAGGCGAAAGCUUUAUCCUUACAUGCAGUCUGUUUCUGAAGUAGACGAGGAAGUGACGGAAGAUGAUAUUGAGAAAACAAGGGAUGAGGCCGAGAUGAGUGUAAGUACUACAAAUAUUGAGAGUCUUCCUCCAAUUACACUUUCGACCAUAUCCCCUUCACUACUUAGUUCCAUAAUGGAGAAGAUGAGCACGGGUGCAAAGAAUUUACCCAAGCUGUUGGCAGAUAGCUCUGUGUGGGUUGGAGAGGGAGCACAGAGGAUGAAAGAUAGUGGAAUGUGGGAAAAAGUUGGCACUAGUGCACAAAGUGUCCAAAAGAUGGUGGUUGAUAGUUCUGUGUGGGAGAAGGUAGGAGUUACUGCAGGAAAUCUCUCCAAAGCAGUAGGAAAUAAAGUUCCCAAGGUAGUGGUAGAUGGUUCUGCGUGGGUGGGAUCUGGAGCAAAAGCAGCGGCUGCAAGUCCAAUGUGGGAAAAAGUGGGUUCAGGGGCCAAAGUCAUGGCAGAGAGUUCCAUGCGUGUCGGGGCUGGAAUUGGAGCUGGGGCAAAGAAUUUGGCACAGAGUCCCGUGUGGGGAAAAGUAGGCUCUGGAGCCAAGGCAGGGGCCAAAAUGGUGGCUGAGAGUUCAGUGUGGGAGAAAAUUGGAAAUACAGCUAAACAGGUGCCCAAAGUAGUCAUUGGCGGGGCACUGCUGGGUCUGGUGCUCGGUGUGCUUUUGGGCGGUGUGAUUGGCGGAGCUGUUGGGGCAGCUGCUGGAUCUGCAGUAACAGAGGUGGGCAGGCGAAAACUCAGCAAGAGAAGCACAACAGAGAAGACAGAAGACGCUGCAAGAAACGUUGACAGAACAGUAAACAAGAACAUCGAUGCAGUGAGAAAACGGGGAGAGAAUUUUUUGAAAACUGAAUGAAGGACUGACAGAUGUUUGUAUAUAA